UUUUUGUGAUUGUCGUGUCGCGCUUCAUUCCUCCCGCUGCUGGAUUGUUAGGCAGAUGAGGAUUGUUUUCAUCGGGACGUUCACAACACGGCUAAAAUGUUAAAAUAAUUGAAUGACACCAAUCCGAAACGCUGGGGGUUUAUGAGGGGAGAUCUUAAGCAUUCAGUCUGCCGCACGUUGAACGCACCUCAAUGUUAUUUUCAUAAAAAAACCCCGAGGAACCGCAUCAGAUGUGUCUUCAAACAAAUGUUGGUGGUGUGUUGUUGUGGUUUGCGAUGUAUUGCUGAUUUUUUUUGAGAGGCUCGCGGCCUCUUCGACUAAAAUAUAAAUGCACGAAUCGUUGGCGAGUUUUUUUUCGUUUAAUUUUUCGCAGCUGAUCUUUGACUCAACACAAUAGCGUUAGGUGGCCUGGACAAAAUGAGCAGAAAACAGCAUCAAUUUAAAGGAGCAGAGGUCAGCUGUUGUGUCAAAUACUUCUUAUUUGCAUUCAACAUCAUAUUUUGGUUGCUGGGUGCUGCAUUCCUGGGUAUUGGACUUUGGGCUUGGGCAGAAAAGGCAAUGCUGUCAAAUCUUUCCUCCAUCACAGAUCUGGGCGGUUUCGACCCUGUAUGGCUCUUUAUCGUGGUAGGGGGGGUAAUGUUCAUCCUCGGAUUCGCCGGAUGCAUCGGUGCGCUCCGGGAAAACACAAUCCUGCUCAAAUUUUUUUCCGUGUUUCUGGGUCUCAUCUUUUUCCUUGAGCUCACUGCUGGAAUUUUAGCCUUUGUGUUUAAAGAUUGGAUCAAAGACCAGCUGAACUUCUUCAUCAACAACAAUGUUAAAGCGUAUCGAGAUGACAUCGAUCUUCAGAAUCUCAUUGACUUUGCUCAAGAAUAUUGGUCGUGUUGUGGUGCUCACGGGCCGAACGACUGGAAUCUGAACAUCUAUUUCAACUGCACGGAUUUAAACCCCAGUCGAGAGAAAUGUGGCGUUCCUUUCUCCUGUUGUGUCAAAGAUCCAGCGGAGGAUGUCUUGAAUACACAGUGUGGCUAUGAUGUCCGGCUUCAAGGGGAGCUGGACCAGCAGAGAUACAUCUACACCAAAGGUUGUGUGGGACAGUUUGAAAAGUGGCUUCAGGAUAAUCUCAUCGUUGUGGCUGGGAUUUUCGUGGGUAUCGCAUUAUUACAGAUUUUUGGGAUUUGUCUGGCUCAAAACCUUGUGAGUGACAUCAGAGCGGUGAAAGCAAACUGGUGACCAGGUUAUGGCUGAGUGUUGAUUGUAAAGGAUGACUGUUUACACGUCACUGAGCUGAGAAACGUCUCUCUGGAGGUUUAAUGUAAGCUGACUCUACAUCUAUACAUCAUCUUUCUUUUUGUGUGUGUUUUUUUCUGAAGACAAGCUCUUAGAGAAGAGAUAUCAUUGAAAUCGAGAUGAGAUCGCUCUCACAACACUUCUUCAUAUCAGACUCUUUUUGUCACUGGAGAAUAAUGUUACAUGGAUGAUAUUUUAACUAACCUGUGGAGAACAAACCUGAAUCAACCACUGAGACAUUUAAACCGAGGAGCUAAACAAAGCAAGCAAAGCCUUACUGCAGCACACCACCCGCUUCAGCUUCCAGAUGAUGGAUGCUCGGACUCUUACCUCUGAUUGGCUCUCUGGGAUGUCCAAUCAGAACGACGUACUUGAUAAUUACACGUUUAUUUUUGUGAUUUUUAGCACUACUGUUGGGGAGUGGUGGAGAUCUGCUCUGCUUUUUGUCUGUGCAGCAAUGUUUGGCUUUUUCCCUCUUGUUCAUUUUGGCUCGGAGUAUAAAUAGAUGAAACCGCUGUCCCAGA